AUUAAGCCUAAUACCAAUCCCACCACACGGUACCAAACCAAACACUACUCAUGAAUUUAGCAACAGAUCCACUGACCACUACUCUCCUGGCUAGCCUCUUAUUCAGAUUUCGACAGCCCUGUUCACAUCACUUUCUCUCCCUCAAAACACGUAUACAGAGUCUCUCUCUCUCUCUCUCUCUCUUUCAAAUAGCUCCAAAAAAUUAAGCUCCUCCCUCUCUUUCAGACAGCCACAGCAGCGCUGUUCUCUCUCUCUCUCUCUCUUCUCUGUUUCUGCCCUUUUCUGCUCCACAGCUAGACCUUCCAUACCGGAAGAUCUGAUAGCUCAAUCAUCAAUGGCGAUCACCGGCGACAAAUUCACGCAAAACCCACUUCAGAAAACCCAGAAAAUUUUCCAGGUAGCCCAAAUUUUCCUGAGAAUCUUAGCAUUCGCCACGGCAUUGACCGCCACAUGCCUCAUGGUGACCAACAAGCAGAGCACUGUGAUAUUUGGGAUCGAGAUCGAUGCUAAGUACAGCUACUCAUCUGCUUUCAAGUUCUUUGCGUUGGCGAAUGCUGUUGCGUGUGCCUUCUGUGUGGUCUCCCUGUUCCUCGCCUUCUUCCUCGCUCGCCAGGGCUCAAUUAACCCUUCUACCUACUUUCUAUUGUUUCUUCAUGAUCUGAUGAUGAUGGGUUUGGUGCUGGCGGCGUGUGCGGCGGCGACGGCGAUAGGGUACGUGGGGCAGUACGGGAACCGGCACACCGGCUGGGUUUCCAUCUGCAACCAGUUCGGCAAGUUCUGCCGGCGAAGCACCAUCUCCGUCGUCCUCUCCUACCUCUCUUUCAUUUCCCUGCUUUUGCUUUCCGUCAUCUCCGCCUACAUGUCCAGACACUACCACAGCAUCCCUCUUUGACUUUUCAGUAUUACUCACUAGAUGCUCCUCUUGAUCAUGAUCAGAAAGAUAGAACACAGUUGUCUUGAUGACGUUGAUGUUGAUGGUGAUGACGAUGAGGAAUUGCUGGUGUUGAUGUAAUCGUGCAAACGGGUUUCUUCUCAGAUGGGCUGUUUCUGUUUUGUGUUUCAAGUAUUUUGGGUUUUUGUAGUUGAAGUAUUAAAAAUAGGAUGUGAGCUUGAUGAGAAUUGGGAUUACCAAAACAAAUUAAUACAUGGUAAUGAUCUGAGGUAUGAGAUUUUGAACGUUUAAGAUUUUUAAA